UCAUAUCAGGUUAAAUAAAUCCAAAGUAAGUCACCAUGGGAGUUUUAACUAUACUGUUGGUCACUGUUGUUGGAACUGUCUACGGAUAUGGUUAUGGCGGUGGUAGAGGGGGAGGUGGUGGAGUCAUCGCUCUAGGUGGAGGCGGUGGUGUUGGUGGAGGAUUACUUCUUGGUGGAGGCGGUGGUGCUGGCGGUCUUAUAGGAGGAGUCGGCGGUGCUGGCGGUCUCAUUGGAGGAGGAGGUGUUGCUGGAGGUUUAAUCGGAGGAGGAGGUGGAUAUGGAGGUUCGGUUGGAGGAGCUGGUCGUUGGUGGUGUACCUGCCGUCCAGGUCUUUGCCGUAAAGGGGAGCUUACUUUGGACAAAAAAUGCAGACUAACACCAUUGUUCCCAUGGCAAUGGAAUACAUGUUGCCAAUGGUUCCCAUGGUGGGUUACCAGCCGUAACUACGGCGGUGGAAUCGGUGGCGGUAUUGGCGGAGUUAUUGGUGGUGGCAUCGGUGGAGGAAUCAUCGGCGGUGGUAUUGGCGGUGGAAUCGGCGGUGGCAUCAUCGGGGGUGGAAUUGUUGGUGGAGUUGGAGGUGGAAUCGGUGGUGGAUAUGGUGGAUAUGGCAGCGGAUAUGGUGGAGGAAAAAAAUCAUAUUAAGCUGAAUGGACACCAAUUGAAGAAUACAGUAUCAGGAAUUUUCUUCAAUAAAAUUUAGUUUGCACAU